UGCAGAAACACCCUCUCUGCAACAAUGGCAUCUGAACAGAACCCAACACCCAAGCAGCACCCCACAUCGACCGCUGCCCAUAAGAUCGUCCUGUUUGAGCAAGAAAACUUCCAGGGUCGUUUUCAUGAGUUGAAUGGUCCCUGCCCCAAUUUGAAAGAAGCCGGAUUGGGAAAAGUUGGUUCCCUUGUGGUGCACAGUGGACCAUGGAUUGGCUAUGAACAGACUGGCUGCAAGGGUGAACAGUUUGUGUUUGAGAAAGGAGAAUAUCCUCGCUGGGACACAUGGACAAACAGUCGCCGAAGUGACAACAUUGGUUCCUUCAAGCCUGUGAAACUGGAUGGGCAUGAACACAAGAUCAUUCUUUAUGAAAACCCCACCUUCACUGGAAAGAAAAUUGAAAUCAUUGAUGAUGAUGUACCAAGUUUCCAUGCUCAUGGAUACCAGGAAAAAGUGUCAUCUAUUCGUGUUCUAAAUGGAACAUGGGUUGGCUACCAGUACCCAGGCUACAGAGGCUACCAAUAUUUGCUGGAGAAGAAGGAAUACAAGGACAAUAGUGAAUUUGGAGCCCAACAGCCUCAGAUCCAGUCUGUCAGACGUAUUAGGGAUAUGCAGUGGCAUCAGAGGGGUGUCUUUCAUCCCACCAAUUGAAUAGCACCUCUGCUCCUGUUGUCAGUUUCUCACCGAAUUGCUGCUAAAUUCCUAACUACAGGUUAAACAACUGCUUUCCCACAAUAUUCUGUAUGCAUAUGUCAGCUGAAGCAACCCAAUAAAAUCCUGCAUUUCAAACUCA